CGCCGCAUCCUGUGCUCCAAAAAAAUCUUCCAGGAUGAUCGAUCUGCAGAGGAGGAAUUUGCAGACCGUCGCCGAAUGCGAUACCAUCGAAUUGGAUUCGCUCGAGGCGCAAUCGGUGAAUGUUGAAGAGGAACAACAUGUUUUGGAUAAUGCGAAUGUUUCCAAUGAGACUGUAAUUCGACAAACUAAUCAGCGCAGCUUAAAUCUGGACGGGAUUUACCGAAGCCAGAAAGGCAAUAAUAGGGAGGACAUGCUUUAUGUGGAGGAUAUCAUUUUACCGGAAAGAUCUCUGAGGACGUUGCAGGACCUGCGUGUGCUCAGCGCCAGGUCUAACGAUCUUCAAGCAUUCCCGAUGAGCAUCCUAAAAUUAGUUUCCCUUUUGUGCCUUGAUCUCUCCAACAAUAAUUUACUCACCAUACCUACCGAGAUAAAUAAGUUGAUCAAUUUGCAAGAACUUGUCUUGGAUCAGAAUGUGCUAAGUGUAUUGCCGGCCACUGUAUGGGACUUGAGGUACUUGAAGGUGCUACGGAUUGCACAGAACAGGUUGGCCCUUCCGCCCGACAAAUUUGCAGACAUGAGAGCCCUCGUCCUUCCAGAAACUGAAUAUAAACCCGAAAAUUCCACGAAAACGAACGUGUUGACAAAUUUGAAUUUGAGAGGAAAUCGUUUGAAGGGUAACAUCAUUUUAGGCAAUUAUGGCAGUCUAACGGAAUUAGAUGUGAGCGAAAACAAUAUCGAAAGUUUGGAUUUAACAGCCGUCGAACAUUUGCAAGUCUUGCAAUGCUCUCGCAACAAUUUAACGAAUUUAACGCUUUAUGGUAAAAAUCUGACGUCGAUAAUCGCCGGAAAUAAUAGGAUUCAAUAUUUGAAUGCAACCUCACCUCCUUUGAAUUUGAAGCAUAUGGAUGUUUCGUACAAUGAAUUGGAAACUCUGCCCGAUUGGUUAUCGGGUUGUCAGGAGUUGAGGUCUUUGUUUGCAAGUAAUAACAAUUUGAAGCUCUUACCCGAUCAUCUAUUUUGCAACGAAAUGCCUUACCUGCACACAAUACAGUUGGCUUAUAAUCAUCUGCAGCAUUUACCCAGCAUACAGAGGAAGUUACCAAUACAAGAGCUGUUCUUGCAAAACAACAGUUUGUCGAAUAUACCAGAGAAUUUCUUCAAGUGCGUCAACAGCAUUAAAGUGUUAAAUCUAUCCAACAACAGAUUGUGCGAUUUGCCACAGCCGGAUCAAGAGUUGAAAAUAGAAAAAUUAUUCUUAACGGCUAAUUGUUUAUCUGAUAGGGCUUUGGAUAAAAUAUGCAGGUUUUUGAGGAACAUACGUAUACUGCAUGCCGCUUAUAAUAAUUUCACAGCGAUGCCCGAGAAUUGCUCAAUUUACUGGAAUGAAAUCGAGGAGCUCGUUUUUUCCGGGAACAAAUUACUCAAAUUACCAGAUAAUAUUGGCCAAUUGAGGCACUUGAGUGUUCUACGAGUACAUUCAAAUCUAUUGCAAAAUAUACCGAAACUUUCAAAAUUGACUGCUUUAAGAGUGUUAGAUCUUGCGCACAACCAAUUGGAUCGUAUUGAUUUGUCCGCUUUGAUUCCACCCAAUUUGAAGUUUUUGGAUUUAUCUUGUAACACCAAAUUGCAUGUUGAUUCUCAACAAUUUCACAACUAUCGUACUCAAAGACCUAUGAGUUUGGUGGAUGUUAGUGGUAAGAAUAGAACUAGUUUACCAGUAAGUCCAUCUCCGUUUUGCGAGAAUGAUUUGACAGAGGCUUGCUGGAGCGUCGGAUUUUCCGAAACAUCAGGUUCCAAACAGCGAUUAUAUGUGUCUCAGAUUAGAUUGCCCGCAUUUUGCAACACUGAAGGCUUAUUUGGUAUUUUUGAUGGGGAGAACAACAGCGAUAUGCCGGUUGCCGUGGAGAAAGUCGUACCAAGAAUUCUCUUAGAGGAGAGAACCGUUAAAGAAACAUCAGUUGAUUACAUGAAAUACACGAUGCUCUCGGCGCAUAGAGAAUUAAGAGAUAAAGGACAAAAGCAUGGGAUGAAUGCUAUUAUUAUUCACAUUUUAAAGUCUAAAGUGAAUGCGGACUAUUCCUUCUGCGGAGGAGUAAAAAAGUACGUGAUGAGAAUAUCCAGUGUUGGAGAAGCUAGGCUGGUUCUUGGAAGAUCUGCAGGUCCCAUCCGUUUAUUGCCUACCAAACAAAGGAAACAAAUUCGCACCAAUCCUCAAUUACAAUUAAUGGUACCUGACCCUGAUGUUACGGAAAUAUAUUUGGAUGAGCAGGACGAAUACAUGAUCAUUGCAAAUAAAAAUCUUUGGGACGUAAUGAACCCAGAAACUGCUAUAAAAGAAGUCAGUCUGCAGAGAAAUGUCAUUUUGGCAGCUAAGCGUUUGCAAGAUUUGGCUCAGAGUUACGGUGCUGAAGAGAAUCUGAGUAUAAUAGUGGUUAAAUUUAAUCUGAUUGGUUCGGAUGUUGAUUUGCUCAUGAAAGAGCUCAGGCAAACUAUCAGAAAGAACAAAUUUCAGAGCGAGAUUCCAAAUUCGUGUCAACCUGGUUGCUGUUGUGAAGCUUUGAACAAUGAAUGUGUAAAUUGCAUUGAGAAACUGACAAUGCCUAUACUAGUGCAUGAUGAUAGAUCUUCUCCAAGUGGACAAAGCGAACACGCUUGUAGCGAUUGCAAUUCACCGGCAAAGCUGUUUAUAAACCAACUUAAUAAACAAAAUGAAAUUAGGUCAUUGAGAUCAGUAACACCUUCACAUUUCGAAGCUGCAGAAGUAAAGGCUUCUCCAGAGAGGCGAAGUUACAGGGGAGUCGCUAAAGCUUUGAGAGCGCGCAGAGAAGAGGAUAAAGCAAGGGAAGAAACGGAUUCGGCAAUGUCCGAGGAACAGUUCAAAUGCUGGGAGUAUAUGCUUGAACAGAACACGCAGCUCUUGUUCGAUAAAGAGUUGAAUACUUUAAAUAAAGGUUUGAGAAGUAAAAAUCCGACUUUGUCGCGUAGUAGCCCUCACUUGCCAGAUUUAGGGAGCUCUUCCAGUGCAGCUGGAUCUUUUUUAUCUAGACAAUUUGGAAGUGCAAGAUCUUUCAAUCCAAUAGUUUCUAGACCUGCUUCACGAUUAUCUUUGGAUAAAAAAUUGGUCGGUGGACCCCAUGCCGCAUAUUUUGGAAGCCUUCAACGUCUGAUGCCCUACAAUCUCGAAUACGAUUUUGCAGUGAUGCAAGAACGAGGUUUAGUUGAUUCCUUGGAUUUGGAUCGCAUGCAACAGUAUUGGGGAGUUACCACUACAGAGCUUUAAUUAGCCUGAAUGGCUGUAUAUUAUU